GUAAAUGAACACCUGAUACUUUGUGGAGAAAUGUUGCGACCGGCUGUAACUCUGUUUUCGAUCAUCGGUGUGGUCCUGUCCGCGGCCGAGGGGGCGACAACGAACUACUGUGACAAAGCGCUGUGUGGCACCUCCACGCAUAUUGCCUGCAACAACAGUGGUGCCUGGUCCUCGGCCUGUCCCACAAGUCCCGCCCCAUCGGCUGUGACCUUUAAUGCGUCCCAGAGGAAACUAAUCCUCAAGAUGCACAAUGUCAGGCGGAACAACAUAGCCAGCGGAGUGUUGACGAAAUAUAAGCCAGCCAAACGGAUGGCCACGAUGCAAUGGAAUGCAGAGCUGGCCAAAUUGGCGGCCCUGAAUGUCAAGCAGUGCGAAAUGAACCAUGAUGCCUGCCACAACACGCAGACGUUCUCCGCUAGUGGACAGAAUCUGGCCAUGUAUGGCUACUCGGGUCUCCAGUCAGGCAUGACCAUAGCACAGCUGAUCAAAGCCUGCGUGAACAAUUGGUGGAACGAGAAGAAGGAUGCCACAAUGGCGGUCAUCAACAGUUAUCCCAGCGACUGGACUGGACCGCAAAUUGGACACUUCACUGCCAUGGCCCAAGAGAAGAACACCCAUUGCGGCUGUGCGGCUGCCUUUUAUACGGCGAGUGGCAUGAACUAUUUCCUGCUAGCCUGCAACUAUGCCACCACCAAUUGGGUGGGCAGUCCCGUCUACCAGAGGGGUGUCAAGGCCUCUGGCUGCUUAAAGGGCACCAAUGUCAACUAUUCAGGAUUGUGCAAGGUAACAGAGGUCUAUGAUGUGUAAACUUGAGCAUCCGAUGGAUGAGCUUUGGAUGUAUGCACCUUCAGCAGAAAGAGUUCUAUAGAUCUAUAGCUCUAAGGCAGAAAGAGAACUGUGGAUCUAUAGAUCUAUAUAGUAGUUCCUCAACAGUCACAGAUCCAUAAAUAUACAAAAUAUAGUACAUAAAUAUAUAACCCUCCAGUCAAAGGCUUACCAGGGUUUUUGGAACCCACAAUGUUGCCAUUAAUUAAAAAAAACCCCUAAUAAGAGCAUUAUAUAUCUCUCUCGUUA